AUGUCGACAACCACCACCACAACGACAGCGGCGCAGCCCAUUACGGCUGAGACCAUCCUUCGUCUCUUCCCCGACAUCGACACCACCAGCGAGGCGCUUUCGGGCCACGAUGAAGAGCAGAUCCGCCUGAUGGACGAGGUCUGCAUCGUAACGGACGACAACGAUGCGCCAAUUGGCACCGCAAGCAAGAAGAUUUGUACGGAACCCCUCUCUUCUCUCUUCUCCCUCUCCAUCCAAUUCCAGGGACGAGUACGGCAACUCUCUCGACUAACACGAGCCCUUCUAGGCCACCUGAUGACCAACAUCGACAAGGGACUCUUGCACCGUGCCUUUUCCGUCUUCCUCUUCAACGACAAGAACGAGCUGCUCCUCCAGCAGCGCGCCUCUGAAAAGAUCACCUUCCCAGACAUGUGGACCAACACCUGCUGCUCCCACCCUCUGAGCAUCCCCACCGAGACGGGCGCCAACCUGGUCGACUCUAUUGCCGGAGCCAAGCGCGCGGCUCAGCGCAAGCUGGAUCACGAGCUUGGCAUCAAGAAGGAGCAGGUCCCGUUUGAAAACUUCCGCUUCUUGACCCGAAUCCACUACAAGGCUCCCAGCGACGGCAAAUGGGGCGAGCACGAGAGUACGAGACUGAGCGGUCCCAUCUACAGGCCAUGUAAUGGAACUCGAACUAACGAUUUCUCUCAACUAGUUGACUACAUCCUCUUCAUCAAGGCCAACGUCGACCUCAACCCCAACGAGAACGAAGUGCAGGCCACUCAAUAUGUCACUGCCGAUGGCCUCAAGAAGCUGUUUGAAGACCCCAGCCUCAAGUUUACUCCUUGGUUCAAGCUGAUCUGCAACUCGAUGCUCUUCGAGUGGUGGGAGAGCCUUGAUUCCGGACUGGACAAGUACACCGACGAGCAGGAGAUUCGACGUAUGCUGUAA